GGGGAGGGGAGGGGAGGGGGAGGGGGCGCCGCGAUCGCGACGGCGGCGGCAGCGGAGCCAUGAAGACUCCGGCGGACGCAGGGUUCGCGUUCCCCGAGUGGGCGUACAAGGCGGAGUCGAGCCCCGGCUCGCGGCAGAUCCAGCUGUGGCACUUCAUCCUGGAGCUGCUGCGGCAGGAGCAGUACCGGGAGGUCAUCGCCUGGCAGGGCGACUACGGCGAGUUCGUCAUCAAGGACCCCGACGAGGUGGCCCGGCUGUGGGGGGUGCGCAAGUGCAAACCCCACAUGAACUACGACAAGCUCAGCCGCGCCCUCAGGUAUUACUACAACAAGCGGAUCCUGCACAAGACCAAGGGCAAAAGAUUCACCUACAAAUUCAACUUCAACAAACUCGUCCUGGUCAACUACCCCUGCCUGCACCUGGGGCUCGCAGGCCCCCCGCUGCCGCAGAGCGCCCCCGCUGCCCUCGGGGGGUCCCACUCCGCUUCCCGCCCCUGGGCGGCCCUCCCCCUCCGAGGGGGCUCGGGGGGCUCUCUGGGGGCUCUCGGGGGCUCCCACUUCUCCUUCUCGGCCGAGGACCUGCAGCGGCUGGCGGCGCAGACCCGCAGCGUGCUCAGCUACCACCUGAGCCCCCGCGCCUUCCUGCCCUGCCCCCGCCUUCCUCCUGCCCCCCGCGCCCCCGGGAGACCCCCGCGCCCCCGCGCCCUUCCCCUUCAAGCUGCAGCCCCCGCCCGACGCAGGCAGCGCCACGGGGGAGGGGCGCCUUCAUCAUCGUCAUCAUCAUCGUCAUCAUCGACGCACACCCGGGGGCGCGGAGGGGCCCCCUGCCUCCCAGCCCCCCACAUCAAGGUGGAGGCGGUGUCGGAGGAGGAGGAGACGGUGGAGCAACGACCAAUCAGCGGCCGCGGGGCGUUGCUAAGCGAUAGCCAAUCAGCUUUGGAGACUUUGCGGGCGUUGCUAAGCGACAGCCAAUCAGCUUUACAGGCCGUGUGA